AUGCCCAACGGAAAUCUUUGCUCGCAAUGCGCGACAUUAAACAUAACACCAUCCGCUUUCACAUCAGAUCCAUAUCAAGAGAAUCGGGCUCACCAGUUAGGAUCUUACAAUGAUCUUCUGGGUAGAAAGACAUGUCCGCUAUGCAUGCUACUCGUUGAAGCUAGUGAAAACGGUCCGUACUCUAUCAUAUCACCGGAUCUUGGACCCUUACAUUUCACGGCCUUUUGGAGGAAUUCAGCAACACCGAACGAAGAUGGAGGUAGAGAUAGCAAAUUCGCUGUCCUGUCAGUCAGUAUCAAUGAGAAAAUGGAAGCGGGAGGUCUGCCGUUGACUUUGCGACCAAUCAAUUCUCUAGGGACAGAAUCUCUUCAUUGUGCAAAAUAUGUGAACAAUCCUUUCAUUGACUUUGAUUUGGUAAGAGGCUGGAUUAAAGGGUGCGAAGAUAACCAUAAGUGUGGAGAAGCUUUUGUCUCUCUGACCGGAGCCUAUCGUAUACCGGCCGAGUUCAACUGUAUUGAUGUGGUACAAAUGUGUAUUGUUCAACCACCAGAAAGGUGCCGAUAUCUAACAUUAAGCUAUGUUUGGGGAGCUGGCCAAAAGUUCUCUUUAUUAGAAGAUAAUUAUGAACGUCUAUCAACUCUUGGGGGACUCACUGAUUAUCUCGGCCAACUCAGUCAAACAAUACAAGAUGCAAUAGUAUUCACAAAACGACUACAGGAACGAUUUCUCUGGAUUGAUAGUUUGUGUAUAAUACAAGAUGGACUUGAGAAAAAGCAAAGAGCAUUGGAAGACAUGGGCUUAGUCUAUAGUCAAGCUCUGCUCAUGAUUUGUGCCGCCGAUGAUAGAUGCCCUAAGGAUGGCCUGCGUGGCGUUAAUCUAGCACGAAACACCCCGCAAUAUACUCGAGAAAUCAUGCCAGGCCUCUCACUCGCUGCCCAAUAUGCAUUCGAGCCAUAUCUCGAUAGCUCGAUUUACAAUAGUCGAGGGUGGACAUAUCAAGAAGAACAGUUCUCCUCGAGAAUGCUCGUUUUUAUCAAUGAUCAAAUAUACUUUCGCUGCACAAAAGUCGUGUGUUCUGAAGUCGUUGUCUCUGAUACAAGCAAGAACCAUGACCCAGAACUGAAAUAUCCAGACACGAAACGGAGAUUGAUCGGUCGAAAAGAAACCUCUCUCUCCAUGCUUUACUUUCGUGCCGUCGAAACGUACACGACUCGAAACCUUACCUAUCCUUCCGAUACCAUCAAUGCACUUUCAGGUGUAUUAAACACCCAAGGUAAUGCCAUGAAUUGUGAUAUAUUCCAUGGUUUACCAUCUGCAAUAUUUGACAUGGCACUACUCUGGCAACCAUGUGGAAAAAUGAUUAGACGGGAAGGAUUUCCUUCUUGGUCGUGGGCUGGAUGGCAAGGCCAGGUACGUUGGUAUGGUGAUACUAUGGAACUGACUUCAUACGGAUUAUAUGAGUCCUCGGAAGAUUUGGAACACAAGAAGAUAACAACAUGGUUGCGGAACCAAACCUGGAUUGAUUGGCAUCGAUGUAUCGACGAGAAACUUGUUACAGUUUGGUCUCCAAAAAGCCGGGCUGCAGAAGUAUUGCUAAACAAGAGCCAAUCUGAGGUAGCAGCAAAUGAAGUAGUCGGAUACUCUGCCUCUGUUGCAUCUCUGUCAAAUCUAUAUGGCCGGGAAAACAACAGUAAAGCCUCACUUCCUCCAGGUCGUCCAAUUAUCUCACCUCGAUCAUCUCCUUCAAUAUCAAGUACUCAAUACUUGUACUUCUCUACUAUUUCCGUUCAAUAUCGCAUCCGUCCCACAACAGAAUAUCUACGCUAUGGCUCCAUCGACCCCCCAUGGAACUCCACCCACCGUACAAUCUACCACCUCCUCAAUAAUUCUUAUCAAGUCUGCGGAUACAUUCUUCUACCCUCCACAUUUCAAUCUCUUUACCCCAAUCAAUUCCAUCCCCCACCAACUGUCUACGACGCAGAAUGGUACAAAGGUGGUAACGGAACCGAGCCCAUGUUCGAAUUUUUAUUGCUGAGUAAAGCAAAUUACUAUUGUGAAUGGGGGAGACCGCAUGAGGCGCAUCCUUAUCGGAAGAGUUGGGAAAUGGAAGAUUAUAUAGAGGUGCAUGUUAUGAUGGUCAAGACGAGAGACGAUGGGGUGAUGGAAAGGGUUGGUAUUGGAAGGUUGCAUGAGGAUGCAAUUAAGGAUGCAUUGAUGACCCUCGAGGUCUCACGGGGCCACACCAUUCGCGAUGAUGCUCAGAAAAGAAGAAUCAAAGUUCUUGAAAAUAUCAUCCUGCUAUGUCCGGAAUCUGUAUCAUCUGCAGGCGCUCAAUUCGUCCUGGAAAAGCAAAUGAGUAUCCGUAAAGUAGCGGUACUAGUCUACGUACUCGCACCACGCUUUCCUGAACAAUGUUGCAUGACAAUCUUCAAAGCAGUCAAGUAA